AUGGGUGAGACCUGGGUUCAGUUUGGAGUGGUCAGUUUUGGCCGUGCCAGCGGCUGCACCGAUGCACCCACCGUCUUCACCCGUGUGUCCCAGUACAACACCUGGAUCAAGGACCGAGUGAGCAACAACACAGGGUUUGUGGAGGAGGACGGGACCUCCUCCAACGCCGAGAAUCUGGUCCAGACUCUGAGCAUCGUCCUGGUCCUGGGCUUGGCUCAGGUCCUCGCACCAUAG